AUGUUUGCUAUUCUUUUUUGGUCUUUCUGUGAAACUAUCGUGGGUUCCCUUUAAUUUUUUUUUUUUGAGACUUGUUCAUUAGAAUAUGAAAAAAAAACUUUAUUCAUAUUCGAUUUUAAACUUAAAACAGUGUAACUUAUAAAAAAUACCUGUCAUAAUUGACUUUUUUUAAUUAAAAAAAUGGAUCUUUCUAUUCUUUUCUGAACCUCUUAGAGAAUAAUUUAUUCAAAUAGUUAUCUUCUUGGCGGGGAGAAGAGGGAAAAAUAUAUAAAGAAACUUUUCAAAAAAAUCCAUUUUGAAAGUAUCAAUUGAAAAGAACCUAAGACCGCGUUCCAUUGUGCCAUAGAACACGGCCGAGGGCGUGCCGGGGUUGUUUGGAACGGAAACGGCAUUCGUGUAAACUGUCCCUAUUGAUUGCCGUUUCGAAUAUAUACUCAACCAAUUCGUGCCCUAAUUGACAUCUGACCGUGAAAGACUCUUUUGGCCUUUCUUAAGGUGGCUGUCAUCAAUUUUGCAUCAUUAGUUUCUUGAGCAAUCCGUUCGUUUUUACUGAUAACGCCUGUCAUCAGCGACAGGUUCCUCGUAUUCGUCAAAAACUAUCUCGAGUGCACAAAUCAGACAUAAUUCAUUUUAUGGCUCGAUGUUGAUAUAUAUUUGGUUUUUUCUCGGAGAAGUGAAAUAUAAUUCGCGGAAAUUAGAUUUAAAUGUCGUUUCAGUUAUCUCAGACGAAUUUGGAAAAAAACUCACCAUGAGAAGUUCUUCAAAAUGUGUAAAUAUAUAUAUAUAUCCUUUUUCAUAUUUUUCAUUCUUUGAAAAAAAGAAGAAAAGAAAAAAAGAAACCGCACUCUUAAGAGCUCUUUACUCUUAUUUUCGAAAUACCUUGAGACUUUCUGGUUUGUCUUUUUGUUAUUGUGUUGUCAGACUUUUUUUAAAUUUCCGACUUCCCGUGGAUUUAUUUUUAUUGAUUAAAGGGUCCGUAUAUCGCAGUGAAACCAAAGCGAAGCCGAGGCGAGGGAAUGUCACUGCAAUCGCUGCUUUCGACGAAGAUCGUUCGCGCUAGCACGAUCGCCGACGCGACUUUUGACGCCGUCAUCCUGGUGGCGAGUGCUGAGAAGCAGCUGAAGGCCUGCCAGCACGUCUCGUCGCUCGCUUCCGCCGUCAACAACUUCCUGGAGGUUGUAAAUCGCCGCAGCGGUCGCUGAUAAUGGGCUCCGUUUCAGUUGCACUCUGGGGCGUUCAGUUCAGCUUCCUUGCUCCAAGUCGAGAAAAAGCGUCAUUCCUUCAGGACGCGUCAUUCUCUCCGGAACUGGCAAGCUUUUUUUCUAAUAUUUUUUUCGGGUUUAUAAACUUCAAUUUCAAAAAGGAAAAAAACUUUCAAGUUUUUUUAACUUUACUUUUCACAAAAGGCUUGAAAAAAUUGAAUUAAAUUAAUUAAAAAAAGCUCGUAUACCUCGUAUAUUUUUUUGUAAAAAAAACUUUGUUUGAAAAAAACAGAACGAAUAAAAUUCAUCCUUUCCUGAAUUUUCUUAUCACUACUUUGUCACCCCAUUCUUAGUUCUUUUUCUCAUCAUGAUUUUUCCAGGAAACGUAAGCAGGGAUUACGAUGACGUACGGCGAUAUCAGGCGGCUGCCAAACGUGGCGUCCAAUUGUAUGUUUGAUUUUCCGAGAAUCUCGUCGGUUAUCGUGAAAAAAUCGCUUGAAUGUUCUAAAUUUCUGGCUCAAGACGGCCUUUCAAGUGGUUGGAGAGAUUUAAAAGUUUAUGAGGAUUAUUCUCGCUCGAAGCCGAAUCCGAAAGCUGAAAAAUAAACACGAGGCGCCAUUGUGCGCAAUAAAUUAUUGAAGUGAUAAGGUUCUGUCAGAAACUUCAUAUCGGAGGUUUUUUUUUAUCAAUGACGAUAGGCGAUUAUUUCUUGGGGGACGUAGGCUUGGCGGAGAAUCUCAACAAUUCCAAGCGUGGGUUUUGUUCUAUGGUGUGCCGGAAACGAGGGCUUGAAAAGGAAGUUGGUUAUCAGUUAUUUCGUCGGUUUUGAUCGUGAUUUCAGAUUUUUAUGGGGUUAGAAAACUGGAGAAGAAAGACUUUAAAGUAAAACUACAAUCUAAAAAUCAAUGUUUUUUUUUCUCAUGAAUUUAAUUUCUGCGAAGAGAAAUCAGAAAACUUAUGAAAAGAGCUCAUGCGUUUUGAGAGCUCUUUCCGCCGGAGUGAAGUCGCCUCUUCUGGUGACGCUGCCCAAUCCGCGCUUCCCGCAUGCAGAGCUCGUGGCGGCUCUCGGGGCUCUCGUUCCCGCGUACACUCCACUCAACGUCCGUGAAGAGGACAAUACUCAAAAGCUCCAGCAACUCGGACUCCUUUCCGUAUGUUCGCUAAAUAUGGUCAUCUAAGAGAACGAAGAAAACAUUUCUUUUUCUUUUUCACGUAAACGCAAAGGCUUGGGUUCUAGGAGAGACACUACUCUGGAAAAUUGCGAAUAAACUGAAGAGGGUAGUGUCUAGUGUAAUUCAUUUUUCUUGGCUUGAAACGGCCUUUGUGGAAUCCAAGUUCAUUUGACUGAACCUUCUUUGAAAAACCUAUUAAUUUAACCCAUUUAGUUGAGAGGAGAUGCGAAAGCAAUCCAAAGUUUAGGAAUUGGAUCCGCGCCAAAAACGCAUCACGACUACUUGGCACAUACAUUUUACAUGCCGCAUACCGUCGUUUCAAGCCAAGAAAAUUGAUUAUGCUUAGAAAUUCAAAGCUGCUGAGAAAAGUGGAGAGGAAGUUAUAGGGAAAAAUACCACAGAGAAACAAAUAAUAGAGGGUAAAGAAUCGAUUAGUGAAAAAAAAUCUUUUUGAUCUUUUUGAAGGUUCGAUUGUUGAUCAUUUUUAGUCAUUCAAUGAACUUUCCGUAUUCAGCUGGGAGAAAGCGAAUCUUCGAAGCGUCUGGACGAGCUCGUCACGGCCUAUGACGCUUCUUUCACUGUUUGCCGCGACGUUGGAGAAACCGGACCAGAACGGAUGGCGCCGCCGAAAGUUGCUGAAUACGUUCAGGUACUACUGUUACUACUGCCUUUUCGACGAAAAUUGAUUCCUCUUCAGCAAGCUUUCUCUAACGGCAACAUCAAAGUGAGCGUGGUUGACGACCAGAGUUUCAUCGAGAACGAAUUCCCUCUUAUGGCCGCCGUCAACCGUUGCGCCAACACUGUCAAAGAACAUCAGGUGAACCUUUCCAUGUAUUUUUUGUAGUUGGAGACUCUACAGGCCCGUCUUGUUCGGUUGGAGUAUGUCGGCGAAGGAGAUAUUCAGAACACGUAUAUGUUCGUCGGAAAGGGAGUCACCAUUGACACCGGUUUGUAUCCAUAACAUCCUGUUAUUCAAUCGGUUUUUUACGACUUUUUCGAGGCCGGAAGCGAAGUCUAACCAAAUAUUCAGUUUUGAACCUAUUUUAUUCGGUUGCUUCUUCAGGACGGAAGCUUUAAAGUUUCAAAAGAUUCCUCGAGCUCAGAUAUGCGAUUAAAAAAAGAUACGGCAAAAGAAUCGAAAAUUGUGCUUUCAGAUAAGCAAUCUGUAAAAAAAGAUCAUGGGGACCGUCUUUGAAGAUGUUUAUAUCAUCAGAAGAAAGUCAUAAACGUUAAGUUGAUAAUUUGUUAAAAACUGAACAUUUUCUAGACUUUCUUUCCUUCAAAGUUCCAAAAAAGCUAACAGAAUAAAUUAGCGUUUUCAGUGUGAAAAAUUUUUUAGCAGAUCCUAAGGGAAUAUUUUAAACAGUUCGUACUUUCUAUUUUAGUUUAAUUUUUCUUCAAGAAACUUAAAUAUUUAAUGAAAUUAUCGUUUGCGAUCUUCUUCUUCAAAAUCUCUUCAAAAAGUUCCUCAGUUGAAAAAAAAUAUUUGAUGAUAAAAAGAAAAAAAUGUUUUUGAAUGAAAGCUUGCAGGCGGCUGCGACUUGAAAACCGGCGGCCACAUGUUCGGAAUGUGCCGCGACAAGUAUGGAUCUGCCGUUCUUGCCGGCUUUUUCAAGGCUCUCGAUGUUCUGAAACCCAAGAAUAUCAAGGUUUCUUUUCAGAGGCAUUAGCGAUGCGAAAGCAUCGUUCUCUUUGUGAAAAUUGGCUGAAAUGUUGAUUAUUUGGAAUCUUGAUGGAAAAAAAAAAUCAUUGACUAUCUUUUUUGAUUCCAAACUGAUUUCUUGUAAUUUCAUUCCAUGCACUGAAAUUAAGAAAUGGUAUUGCAAUCAUUAGCUCUCAAUUUUCCAGAACCUUACUUCAUCAAAUAACUUUUUUGGCCAAGAGGGAACGCAAAACUUUGAAAGCCAGUUUUCAAAAGUUUUUCUUAAUUAUAACGUUUUGAAACCAUUUGAAUAAAAAAACCGUGAAUUAAUCCUAAAGAGCUUCAUGAGGAGAACUGUAUUGAGGAGUUUAGACCACAGUUUGCUCCUAGAGAAGGAACAACUAAUCGUCAUUCAUUCUUCUAAUUUUAAUUACUCAUUAUUUAUUUUUAAUUACCAUGUUUCAAUGCUAAAAUCAAUUUUUUUGUUUGUAUCGUCUUCUCAAAAAUACAGUGUUCGUUUCAGGCUGUUGGAUACAUGUGUAUGGUGCGGAACAGCAUCGGAGCCCGUGCCUACACCUGCGACGAAGUCAUCAAGGCGCGCAGUGGCAAGCGAAUUCACAUUUAUAACACGGACGCCGAAGGACGUCUUACAAUGCUUGAUCCUCUCACCAUGGCCAAGGAACAGGUACCGCUCUUCCCCUUUUUUCUGAAUAACCAAACCUCUUCCAGGCUCUUGCCGAGAAAAACCCGCAUCUUUUCACUUUGGCUACUCUCACUGGACACGAAGUUCUUUCUUACGGGUAUUACGCUACCAUCAUGGAUAAUGGUUUCACAUUCGAGCGUUUUGAGAAUAACUUGAACUUCAGGACCGGCCAAGCAAAGUGGAUUGGCUCGGAAAAUUCAGGAGGUCGGAGACGUCUAUGGUCAGCCCAUCGAGAUCAGUCGUCUCCAGCCUGAGGUCAGUUCUCGAAGAAUCUCAGCUAAAUCAUCAAGAAAUCGUUUAUUUUCGAUUUUAUUUUUUUGAAAGAGCAUCAGAAACGUAGCCGGAAUCGAAAAUAUUUAUUUUUCAUUAUUUUUGUUAUUUUCUAAUGAAAAGUGAUUUUUUUUUAAAAAAUAAAGUAAGCUAGAACAUUUCUUGGUGUACCCGCAGAGGUGGAGGAUGGCUGCCCACUGGCCGCCCUGCCUGCCAAGCCAUAAACGCCCAAAAGGCAGAAAUGACUUUUUCAAAAGUCAGCGUGGCGCGACGGUCAUUUGUAAAGCGAAAUCGCCCUAACAUCUAGAAGCGCUUGUUUCGAGAAAUGUAUGAAACUUGUGUACACAAAGAAAUCAGAAUUUUUAAUUGUUAUAAAAAAUUUGAACAUAACGAUUUUUUAUUUUUAGGAACUUUCCGACGGAGAAGUUUCCGACUAACCCUUUUCCGACUUUUUUUUUCUAGAUAAACUCUUCGUUUUGAAUCUUUUUACAUAAAGUAGAUAGAAAAGUAUAAGGGAACAAAGUCGGAAAGGGAUUCGUCGGGAAGUCCCUUAGCGAUUUGAAAUCAAAAUAUUUAAUAAGAACAUUCUUCUUCUUCUUCUUCUUACGCCUUUGUAUGUACCGCUUGAGCGGCGUCGGAUUGGUCGAUUGUCGAUUAGCCGAGGUCCUAUCCUGAUGAUAAUCAGUGGACUGGCUCCAAAGACAUAUCCGUCCUUGUGUGUGACGGCUGGAGAUUUUGAAGUCGUGGUUUCCCACUACCAACAUUUCUUAAACCCCUUGGUUGGGUCGGGGCGGGGAUCGAACUUGUAACCCUGUGGACCGUAGACAGGCACACAACCUGUUGCGCUACGGCGCGCCAUUUAAUUAGAACAUUGGUUCAUCAAAAUUAUCAUAACGAGGUGGCCUGGCGUAGUAUGAUUUUUCUGUCAUGUGAGUUUUUUGGAAACCAAAUGAAUCAAAAUGAAAUACUUUUGCAUCAAUUUCAUGGCAUCUCAAAAUUUUUUGGUCCGAGUAGUUCUCUAGUGAGCCUGAAAUUGUAGCCUACUGACCCGUUGGAGUGAAAAUUCCUGCUGAAAUAUCUGUCACAGUAAGUUAAAAGCGUUAUCACGCAGUUGCGAAAAAUAAAAAAAUUCAAAAUUCACAAAAUCAAUAAUGAUUAGUUCAGGGCGUUAUCGCCACAUACUUGACCUAGUUGCCAAAGAUCACGUAAAUUAAUGGCUCAUUUCUAUCUUUUGGCUAAAUGUCUUGGCUUGGCCGCCAAGCCAAGGGCUGCCAUCCAAUCCUCCACCUCUGAGUGUACCCGAUGAAGGUUCUGAAAGACUCAAACUACCCAAAAUCUUUAUUUUUGAGAAAAGGACGCCUCAAGGAAAACCCCUCAAAAUUCUUUAAAAUAUUUUUUUUGGGGAUUUGAACUUAUAUUUCCCGAAAACUAAGAACUUAAGCAGGUUGAGAUUUUAGAAUAUUCAUAAAAUUACCAUUUUUUGCUUUUUCUUUAAAAAAAAACUGCUAGUUACAUCGAAUUGAAUGCAUUCUCAUGAAUCAUGAUAAAUGAAAUGGAUUCCUCGAAAGAGUACUGAACAGAUUGAGAAAAAAAAAGAAGAGUUUCAAUUCUCACCAUUGGGUCUUCAGGACUUUGCUUUCCACCUGGCAGAGAGCGCGCAAGCCGACGUCAGACAAGGCAACACGAAACCUUCGGUGGCGACUCUUCGCGGCCAUCAGACGCCGGCGGCCUUCCUUCAGAUGGUCCGUCAUCCAGUUUCCGAAGUACAUCCCGAAUCUUGCAUUUAAAGGCGAGCCGCAUCGACGAGCACGGAACCGACAGCGAGAAACCCAUCAAGUACUCGCACAUCGACAUGGGCGGCUGCGCCGGCGACCAUCCCGAGACCAGUUUCCCCAAUCCGCUCGUCACUCUUGUGGCUGGGUUCGUGAUCAACUAAUUCUCACAUUAAAGUUAACAGUGUAACAGAAAUAAUAGUUUUGUUGGGGUAAGACAACUCUCUUAACAUCUUAUGCACUGAUGAGGGACGUGCCCCGAUUAUGGCUCUUUUUUUUUUGCCUUUUGAGUGGAAAACCUUCUUCCAAGUGUUUUGUUUUCAUUUGCAUAAUGAUUAUUAGCAUCCGUGCUAAUUUUAAAAUCUGUUUCAAUUACUUUUCUGCAAGUUUUCGAAGAAAAAUUCCUAAAUGAAAAAGGGUAUGGUUUAGUUUUAUGAUUUAAGUUCAUUUUGAACCUAAGUUUUAUGAUGAGAAAAGAGGUAUAAAAGGGAUUUAUUAGCUUAUAUGAAAAAAGGCAAAAAAGGAAGGAGACACCGGGCGCGUCCCCAGUGACACUAUGGUCAUUAUGAGAGGAAGGCGAAGUUUACUGACUUGAGCGUCAGAAGUUUUAAUAAUUAGAUUGCAAAAUGAUAUUAAAAUCAGCUACGUCAGCAGAAAGUAGCGAAUUUGAGUAAACAUUUUUCUCAUAAAAUAAUUUUCAACUUGUAAAGAAGUUUGUUCUUAUUAUGCUCUGUUAUUUUUUUUUUCAAAUUUCUCAUAGUAUUGACGACUCACUGUAGUUUCAUUGAAAUUUUUUUCAAAAGCACGCCUUAGGCAAUCCAACAAAUAAUUCAAUCUCUAUCGGAAAAAAAUAUAAGAAAAUAUAAGAAUUAUUAGAAACGAAGACUAAAUGAAAUAGAUUUGAAAAUAAAUCUUUAAACCGUUCAUAGAUCAGAAUCACAUUUUUCAAUUAUCCGUAGAGUGAAGUUGUUUAGGACAGUUUUCCUGCUUAGUUUCAUCAUCAACCGAUGGAAAAUUAUGUUUGUUUUUCUAUACGUUGACCGCAGAAAUUUUCGUGAUAAACUGUGACUUUUCUUUUUGUUAUCGCAACUGAUAAAGUGAGGUCUGGGGGUUGAUUUUUUUUUUUCGUGAAAUUCAAUUUAUUGAUGGUCAUAAUUCUAAACAAUUUUUUCCAGACUGGUAUUGCCCCAUCUGUAA